AUGAAAUAGAUUUUAGUUCGGUUUCGCUCUGUGCUUUUACUUGAAUAAUCUCGAAUAAUAACCUAAUUCUUCCUUAAUCAGAUUAAUAAAUGAAAGAUAAUCUAUUUACAGUUUGAAUAAAAUUAAAAAGUAGUGAAUAUGCACUUCGUUAGGUUAGUUUUGAGAUCGAAUACGUAUCACAAUCCGAAACUUAAAUUGUCUUCUGUAAGACUAGCCCGGAACUUUUCACGAUGGAAACCUUUGGAAACUGAAGGGAAAUUGUUGGGUAACACUGUUUUGGCGCCAUCUCGGAUCGGUGCUCUUUGCACCUGUAAUGUGAACUAUGCCCUCCCUAUGAGACCCGCUUGGAGUGCAAGGUUGUAUUCGACCGCGAAUAAAGGCGAACCACCGGAAGAGGACUCAGAAAUUAAGGAUGAUACUCCGUUGUUUUCGAGUCAGCUACCGGCGACUGUAGCUGUACCUGAAGUGUGGCCUCAAGUGCCUGUUAUAGCCAUCAACAGAAAUCCAGUGUUUCCCAGAUUCAUCAAAUUGAUAGAGAUUUCAAACCCAGCAUUGAUAGACUUAAUAAGACGCAAAGUGAAGUUGAACCAGCCCUAUGUCGGCAUAUUUCUACGGAAGAAAGAAGAUGAGAAAUCCGAUGUUGUGUCAAGUUUGGAUGAUUUGCACGAUGUGGGCGUGUUUGCCCAGAUUCAUGAGAUGCAGGACAUGGAUUAUAAGCUGAGACUGGUUGUGAUGGCUCAUCGCAGGAUAAAAAUCACUGGGCAAUUCAUUGAGGAUGAAAUUGAAACCGGUCCAGCGGAAAUGAAGCUAAAGUUCCCACUUUUUAAUGUGGAGUUUAACGUUACCCGUGAAGAGUCAGAUGCUGAGCGGCGCCGGCGCAAGUACCGCAACACGAGGAAGCAGAAGAGCGAUGACGAAAAAGAAGGAAGCCCACAGGAAGUGAAGAAACCUGCCCCAGAUCAGGUUAUGAUGGUGAAGGUGGAGAAUAUGAUGCACAAUAAGUUCCAACAGACGGAAGAAGUCAAGGCGUUGACACAAGAAGUUAUUAAGACUAUCAGGGAUAUCAUCAAUUUGAAUCCAUUGUACAGAGAGUCUCUCCACCACAUGCUAGCACAAGGUCAGAGAGUAGUGGACAAUCCGGUGUACCUGAGUGACUUGGGGGCCGCAUUGACCGGCGCCGAGCCUAGUGAGUUACAGGCCAUUUUGGAGGAGAUGGAUAUACCUAAAAGACUGAUGAUGUCUCUUUCGUUACUGAAGAAAGAGUAUGAGCUAUCGAAACUACAACAGAAAAUCGGCAAAGAAGUAGAGGAAAAAGUCAAGCAACAACACAGGAAAUAUAUCUUACAUGAACAACUCAAGGUUAUAAAAAAAGAACUGGGCUUGGAGAAGGACGAUAAAGACGCCAUUGGGGACAAGUUCCGCGAACGCCUCGCUGACAAGACGGUGCCUCAAGCUGUGCAGACUGUUAUAGACGAGGAACUAAACAAACUCAACUUCUUGGAAAGCCACAGUUCAGAGUUCAAUGUAACUCGUUGCUACCUGGACUGGCUGACUUCCUUGCCCUGGGGAGUGACGUCGGAAGAGAACCUCAAACUGGAAGACGCUCAAGUUAUCCUGGACGAGGACCACUAUGGCAUGGAGGACAUAAAGAAGCGAAUUUUGGAGUUCAUAGCGGUCUCGCAGCUGAAAGGCAGUACUCAGGGAAAGAUCCUCUGUUUCCAUGGACCGCCCGGGGUUGGCAAGACUAGUAUAGCUCGUUCAAUCGCCCGUGCACUCAACCGCCAGUACUUCCGGUUCUCGGUGGGCGGCAUGACGGACGUCGCGGAGAUCAAAGGCCACAGGCGUACAUACGUUGGUGCCAUGCCCGGGAAGCUAGUCCAGUGUCUGAAGAAGACGAGUACUGAGAAUCCUCUUGUGCUUAUAGAUGAAGUUGACAAGAUUGGGAAAGGCGUGCACGGCGACCCAUCAUCGGCCCUUCUCGAAUUACUAGAUCCGGAACAAAACGCUAAUUUCCUAGACCACUAUUUAGACGUACCUGUAGACUUAUCAAAAGUCCUCUUCAUUUGCACAGCGAAUGUUGUGGAGCAAAUACCGGAACCAUUGAGGGACAGGAUGGAACUAAUUGAUAUGUCUGGCUACGUAGCAGAAGAGAAGCUAGCGAUCGCCCAGCAAUACCUUCUACCGGCCGCUCGUAAAAACUGUGGAUUGGACGACAAACAAUUAGAUUUAACUGCCAACGCCCUGCAUACGCUCAUCAAAUCGUAUUGUCGCGAGAGUGGCGUGCGUAAUCUGCAGAAACAUAUUGAGAAGAUCGCGCGUAAAGUAGCAUUCAAGAUCGUGAAAAAAGAGGCCGAGUCACUGACGGUGAGCGACGACAACCUGUCGGAGCUGGUCGGCAAGCCCAGCUUCAAGCACGACCGCAUGUACGAGCGCACGCCCGCCGGCGUCGUCAUGGGGCUCGCCUGGACCGCCAUGGGUGGCAGCACCCUGUACAUAGAAACCGCCCUUCGCAACUCGAUACAAGACGACAAGGCGCCGGCGGGCUCGCUGGAGCUGACGGGGCACCUCGGGGACGUCAUGAAGGAGUCCGCGCGCAUCGCGCUCACCGUCGCCAGGAACCACCUGGCCAGGACCCAGCCCGCCAACAGGUUCCUCAGCACCAGCCACAUCCAUUUACAUGUGCCGGAAGGCGCCACUCCCAAAGAUGGUCCUUCUGCCGGUUGUACGAUAACCACCGCAUUACUUUCGCUGGCUAUGAAGACACCCGUGCGCCCAGACUUGGCUAUGACGGGGGAGAUCUCUUUGACUGGCCGAGUGUUACCCGUUGGUGGUAUCAAGGAGAAAAUUAUCGCGGCUAAACGUGUCGGCGUGAAAUGCGUGAUCCUACCCGAGGAAAAUCGCCGGGACUUCGACGACCUCCCGUCUUUCAUCAAAAAUGAUAUAGACGUACAUUUUGUUAACGAAUAUGACGACGUGUUCAAGGUGGCAUUCGGAGAUCAACAGGUUUAAUCUCAUUUGGACUCUAUGCGUAGUUUACAGUGUAAUUUAAACUAGUUAUAGAAAUGUUAUUUUAUAAGUAGAUAGCCAGUCGCCUUUCUUUCGAGUAUGUAUAUUUUUCAAAUCAAAUCUAUCAAAAUGUAGAAUCCUAUAUUAUACACUGAUCGCGUGUGUAUUUAGUAACGCCUCUGCACUUGUAAUUGAUUUACUAUACUUCAAAUGCACGUUAUAUAGCAGAGGUGGAUUGGUUGGUUUGCUGUUUGGACAAAUAUUUGUGUAUAAAGUAAGUGAAGCAGCUUUAGAAAUACCCUUUGAAUGAAAGUGAAAGUGUAAAUAUUCUAGUAUUUUAUGCUCAAAAUGAUUGAAACCUCACUUAGAGUAAUAUGUUGAAGUGGAGUGGAGACUACUAAUGUCUUAUUUAUCGAUCUUAUCGACCAAAAAUAAACAAAGCCCAGUUAUUAUCUUUUAUUUUGUAUGUACUUAUGUUAAUAAGACGAAUUUUAUAAUAGAAGUUGGCUAAAUACCUACGCAUUUAACUACUUAGAAUGUUUGUGAAAAUAUUUAGUGUUUAAUAUAAUAAUAUAUUGUAAGUGCUUUUUGUUUGUUCAUUAUAGAUUUAUGUAAAUUAUGUAAUGUCGAAUGUAGUAUAGAGCAAAAUAUGUAAAUUGUUACAGAUGUAAUUUUAUUUGAUAUCAAAUAAUCUGGCUCUCCUUUCGUGGUGAAACCAAAAUAUUUCUACAUUUUCCCUGAAAAAUAAUCGAUCUGUCCGAUAUCUGUAAUAGUAAAGAUUCAACACGAACUUUUGGCGCACAAAGGGUUAUUACAUACAGACCAUUUGAUUAUACAAAAUGUAUAUCAUUAAACAAAUAAAAAUGAAGAUCACUAUGUUACUGCUCAGUCAUUGUUCUAACAUUAUCUUAAUUUUGUAGCAACAAGUUGUGGAGAGUUUACACGGACAAAAUGUUUUUGCUUCACAAGACUGAUGUAAAACAAGCAAAGCCUCAAGAAAUAUUUUAAAUCGGAAAGUAAGCUUGUGGUGGAUAUCAUAUUAUGUGGAACAUAUUUCAAUGUUUCACUUUUUUUUUCAAGGAGCAUUUAUUAAAACUAGAUGGCAUUUUUUUAUUACUAAAGUUAAAAACUGUUGAAUUGAAAAUGUCAAUGCAAUGUUAAAUUUGCCAUACUGUGUUGAGCACAUGAAUAAUACCAGUUA